AUGGAGAAGAGGAACAAUGUGACAGAAUUUGUUUUCUUGGGAAUUUUGCAGAACCAGGUGUUACAGAGAAUUUGGUUUGCCCUCUUUGUCCUCUACAUGGUAACAUUGUUUGGAAAUCACCUCAUAAUGACAACCAUUAAUGUCAGCCCCCGCCCCGCCUCUCCCAUGUACUUCUUCUUCGGCUACCUCUCCUUUGUCUGCUAUUCCACCACCACCACCCCAGAGAUGAUGGCCGACCUAUUUGCUGAGAGAAAAACCAUCUCGUCCAGUGGCUGUAUGACCCAGCUUUUCGCCAUGCACUUCUUCUACGGCUCAGAGAUCUUCCUCCUCACAGUGAUGGUCUACGACUGGUGUGUGACCAUCUGCAGACCUUUGAGCUACCCAAUCAUCAUGAGCCAGCAAGUGUGUCAAAUCAUGGUGACCACCCUCUGGGGCGGUGCGUUUCUACACUCCAUCGUUCAGUCCCUCCUCACCAUCCAGCUUCCCUUUUGCGGCUCCAACGUGCUAGAACACUACUUCUGCGAUGUGAAUCCCUUGAUGAAGCUUUCCUGCACCGACACCUCUGUGGUGGGCCUGAUGGUGGUUGCCAACAGUGGGAUGAUCUCGUGGUGGCCUUCUUCAUCCUGGUCAUGUCCUACACCAACAUCUUGUUCACCCUCAGGACCCAGUCGCCUGAGGGGAGGCAGAAAGCUCUCUCGAACUGCAGGGCUCACAUUGCCAUGA